AUGAUGCCAUCUGAUACAUACAAGAUUGUUAUUCAUGCUGACAAAAUGCCUGCUGGAAAACAUGUGCGAAGAUUCAAUGCUCCAACUAUUGACGAAGUGGCAAUUGUUAUAGUCGGAGAUCAAUUCCAACCUAGAGAUAUUGUUCUUCAUCGAAGAAACGAUCAAUUGACAAUAGUUGCAGAAACUCAUCGAUGCUACGAUGCCCUGCAAUAUCCAAUCAUUUUUUGGGAUGGUGCCGAUGGAUAUCACUUCAACCUUAAGAUGAUAAAUCCAGUCAGUGGCAAAGGAACAAAUAUGAAAUGCAGCGCAAUGAACUAUUAUUCAUAUCGAUUAAUGAUUCGCGAGAAUGAAGACAAUCACAUUUUGAAAUGCCGUCAAUUGUUUCACCAAUACAUCGUAGAUAUGUAUGCAAAAAUCGAAACAGAACGUUUGAUAUUCAUCCGUUUGAAUCAGACCAAGCUUCGCUCUGAAGAAUACAUUCAUUUGCGAGAUGCAGUUGUAAAUGACGGCAGUCCACAUCAUAUGCAUGAGUACGCUCAAGAUGCAAUUGCGUAUGUUCGUCACUACGGGCGUCCAGAACUAUUCAUUACAUUCACAUGCAAUUCAGCUUGGGAUGAUAUACAACAGCUCUUACUUCCUGGGCAAUCGCCGGUGGAUAGGCAUGACAUCACAGCACAUGUUUUCAGACAGAAGCUAAAAUCGCUGAUGGAUUUCAUGGUAAAACAUGAAGUGUUUGGCUCUGUGUGCUGCUGGAUAUACUCACUGGAAUGGCAAAAGAGAGGAUUGCCACACGCACAUAUACUAAUCUGGCUUUAUAACAAAAUCACUUCAAACGAAAUCGACGAUGUAAUAUGCACUGAAAUACCCGAUGCCAACGUCGAUAAGGAUUUGCAUGAAGUUGUGAUGAAAAAUAUGAUACAUGGACCUUGCGGUACACUGAAUCCAAAUUCACCAUGCAUGAUAGACGGAAAAUGCUCUAAGCGAUAUCCUCGAGCAUUUGUAUCCAACACAGUUACAGGAAACGAUGGAUAUCCUUUAUACAGAAGAAGAUCAGCAGAAGAUGGCAGUAAAUUAGCAACCAUACAAAUGCGAAAUGGUGACAUCGAAGUAGAUAACCGGUGGGUUGUUCCAUAUUCGCCUUUGCAAUCAAAAACAUACAAAGCGCACAUAAACGUGGAAUACUGUAACUCCGUUAAAUCGAUCAAAUAUAUUUGUAAGUACGUGAAUAAAGGCAGUGACAUGGCAGUUUUUGGCAUGCAACCAGAAAGAAGUGAUAGCAAUGCGGUCAUACAUAUCGAUGAAAUCGCACAGUAUCAGGCUGGAAGGUACAUAAGCAGCAAUGAAGCUGUAUGGAGAAUUCUUUCAUUUCCCAUACAUGAACAAAGUCCAGCUGUUGUUCACUUAGCAGUACAUCUAGAAAAUGGACAAUGCAUUUAUUUCGCAGCUGCAAUUGUGCAACAAAUAGCCCUGAAUCCACCGGCUACAACAUUAACUGCUUUCUUCACGUUAUGUCAAAAUGACGCGUUUUGCGAAAACACUGCUGUAUUCAGAAGUGCCUACGUAUUACACAUGGAAUGCGAGUAG